AUGGUUUCAAUGGUGGAAAACAAUGAUAUGGUCAUGGACCCUAUUGUACCAAAACAUGAACCUGGUCCUGAUGGUUCAAUCAGUUCAUCGGUGUCAACACCUGAUCCAGAAGCCGAACCGAUGACCCAGGAUGCCGCGCAGACUCAAAAAAGGAAAGGAGGCAGGAAACCUAUCUACGCCACCUCCGAAGAACGCAAGCAACGAAAUCGGCAGGCCCAGGCGGCCUUCCGUGAACGCAGGACCGAAUACAUUCGUCAACUAGAGACUACCAUCAAGCGCAAUGAAGAGUCUCUGCAAAGCCUGCAGCAGAGUCACCGCAGUGCCGCCGAUGAAUGUUUAAUGUUGCGGUACAAGAACUCUUUGCUGGAGCGCAUCUUGCUCGAGAAGGGCAUCGAUGUACAGGCCGAGCUACGCUUGAAGACAGGGGCGCCGGGCGCUCCCCCCAAAGCAAACCACAUGCCUCCCAAGGCAGCGCCUACGGGGGCCCGCAACCAACGCCAUCCCGCAGGCAUUGCUUCCAAGUCCGAAGCAUUCGGCAUGUCCCAACGGGAAGGCGCAUACGGCAUCCCGUCGCCGCAAUUCCAGGCCACGCCAACCUCGCACGUCUCCUCCCCGUCACACGCCAAGUCCCCAGGGUUUGGCUUCCAGGCCAUGUCCCCCGCCGGUGUCGAGUCCCAAGGACGACCUCAGCUGCUCCCUCAACCCCGGAGCUUCAGCCAGGCCUCGCCACCGGCAAUCAGCAUGCCGCAGACCGAUCCGUCAGAUUCUAAACCUCAACCCCGUGGCGCAGGAGCCAUGGGUCCUCGCGGUGCGCGGGUCGCAGCGGCAGCCUACUACCCCUCUCCCUUCCAGAAACACUACGACCAACUCGAACAAGAGUAUGAUGCCCAGGCCGACAUGGUCGAUGACGAUCACGAUGGGUCAACAACCGCGUCUUACGUACCGGGCUUCACACCACAGUCCAUCACAUCAGGCUCCCACAAUAUGUCCGGUUUCAACCAACCACCGGGCGAAGGGACGCCUAGCGAUUUCGGUAAUGCAAAUCAGCUCCUCGGCCAGUACGAGCCAAUGCUGGAUACUGAUCCAUUUGGGUUGAGCGCCAGCAUGCACUUCCCAACCCCGUUCAACUACGAGCACAGUAACUCGCGGCAAUGA